AUGCAACGAACAAAAUCAAGCGAGGCGCAUCUAUUUGUUAUCAAACGGGAUGGACGAAAAGAAUCAGCGAUGUUUGAUAAAAUUACAUCUCGAAUUGCAAAACUUAGCUAUGGAUUGGAUUUAGAUUAUAUUGAUCCAGCUGCUAUUGCUUUGCAAGUAAUCAACUUUCUACAUCCCGGUGUAACAACAAUUGAAUUAGAUAAUUUAGCUGCACAAAAAGCCGCAUCGAUGACAGCGAAACAUCCACAUUAUGGAAUAUUAGCUGGAAGAAUAGCUGUUAGUAAUUUACAUAAAGAAACAAAAGAAAAAUUCAGUGAUGUAAUUAAAGAUAUGUACGAUCAUUAUAAUCCUGAUUUAAGUACUCAUGCGCCGAUGAUAUCACAAGAAGUGUACGAUAUUGUGAUGGAACAUGCUGAAACAUUGGAUGCAAUUAUCAAUCAUGAAAGAGACUUUGACUACAAUUAUUUUGGUUUCAAGACUUUGGAACGUUCAUAUUUACGUCGAAUUGGUAAUUUAGUUGUUGAACGUCCACAACAUAUGCUAAUGCGUGUUAGUCUUGGAAUUCAUGGAAAAAAUCUCGAAGAUGUGAAAGAAACAUAUAAUUUAUUAUCUGAAAAAUGGUUUACUCAUGCCACACCUACAUUAUUUAAUAGCGGUACUACACGAGCACAGAUGGCUAGUUGUUAUUUACUGACAAUGGUUGAUGAUUCAAUCGAAGGAAUAUUUGAGACAUUAGGACGUUGUGCUAUUAUAUCGAAAUAUGCUGGUGGAAUUGGAUUAUCAAUUAGUUCUAUUCGUGCUAGUGGAUCAUACAUUGAAGGCACAAAUGGUCAAUCCGAUGGUAUUCUUCCAAUGAUGCGUGUUUUCAACAAUGUUGCACGUUACGUAAAUCAGGGAGGAAAACGGCCAGGUGCAUAUGCUGUUUAUUUGGAACCAUGGCAUGCGGAUAUAUUUGAUUUUUUGGAUGCACGAAAAAAUACAGGUGCUGAAGAAAAGCGUGCAAGAGAUUUAUUUCUUGCGUUAUGGAUACCUGAUUUAUUCAUGCGUCGUGUUGAAGCAAAUGAACAAUGGACAUUAAUGUGUCCACAUCAAUGCAAAAAUCUAGAAAAUGUGUGGGGAAAAGAAUUCGAAGAAUUAUAUAUAAGAUAUGAAAAUGAAGGCCUUGGACGUCGAAAGGUGAAAGCCCAAGAACUAUGGUUUGCUAUUAUUAAUGCUCAAAUCGAAACGGGCAAUCCAUUUAUGUUGUACAAAGAUCAUUGUAAUUCAAAAAGUAAUCAACAACAUUUAGGAACGAUUCAUUGUUCAAAUUUAUGUACAGAAAUAAUUGAAUAUACAAGUCCAGACGAGGUUGCAGUUUGUAAUUUGGCAUCGAUUGCUUUAAAUCGUUUUGUACGGGAUGAUCGUACAUUUGAUUUUGAUAAAUUAGUCUAUGUAACUGGUGUUAUUGUUAAAAAUUUGAAUAAAAUCAUUGAUGUUAAUUAUUAUCCGUUACCACAGGCAGAAAAAUCAAAUUUACGUCAUCGACCGAUUGGUAUUGGCGUUCAAGGUCUAGCUGAUACAUUUGCAUUGAUGCGUUAUCCAUUCGAUAGUGUGCAAGCACAAGAACUAAAUCGAUUGAUAUUCGAAACAAUUUAUUACGGUGCAUUAAAAGCAAGCACUGAUUUAGCGGAAAAAUAUGGAACAUAUGAAACAUAUCAAGGUUCACCAGUUAGUAAAGGGAUACUUCAGUUUGAUAUGUGGAAUGUGAAACCAUCUGAUCGUUGGAAUUGGCAAGAAUUACGUGAUAAAAUAGCAAAAUAUGGUACGCGAAACAGUUUAUUGUUAGCACCCAUGCCAACAGCAUCAACAGCACAAAUAUUGGGUAAUAAUGAAUCAAUUGAACCGUACACAAAUAAUAUGUAUGUCCGAAGAGUUUUAUCCGGUGAAUUUCAAGUCGUUAACGAUCAUUUACUCAAAGAUUUAACAGAUCUUCGUUUGUGGAAUGAUGAUAUGAAACAUCGUCUAAUGAAUGAGAAUGGUUCUGUUCAGAAUAUUGAUGAAAUACCCGAUGAUAUAAAAGCUUUGUACAAAACUGUAUGGGAAAUACCGCAAAAGACCAUUAUUAACAUGGCUGCUGAUCGAGGCGCAUUUAUUGAUCAAUCUCAAUCAUUGAACAUUCAUAUAGCAGAACCAACUGUAAAUAAAUUGUCCUCGAUGCAUUUUUAUGCUUGGAAAAAGGGUCUGAAAACUGGCAUGUAUUAUUUGCGUACACGUCCAGCAGCCGAUCCGAUUAAAUUUACUGUAGAUAAAUCACGUUUAACUGUUAAUUCGUUACAAUCACCAGCAAUAAAAAUAGGUGAACGUUUCAAAAUGGCAUGUAGUUUAAAAGAUAAAGACGAUGGUGGAUGUCUUAUGUGUAGUUCAUAA